UAUACAUAAUAUCGUUUAUUUCCGAACAAAUAAAAUAGUUUAAUACUACAUUGAUAUUAAAAUUAGUUGAUCAUGAUCAAUCGUUGAACUCGAGUGGAUGUGGCGAACAGACCUCUUGCGGAGGGGAAUGAAAAUUGAACGACUUGAAGUAUACUAUUCUGUAUCUGUUCAACCCAACUCGCCUAACGUUGGUAUAGAAAUAAGUUUCCAUAGUGAGGUUAUAUUUUCAACGACGUUCCAGUGACUUUUAUUGAGAUAAAGUUAUUUUGCGGUAAUUUUCUAUUAUUUUGCAUUGUUGUUGACACAAUCAAAAUGAAUUUUCGCCAAAGAUUGUAUUGAUAUAAAACUUUAUAGCAAAUUAUUUUGGAUACUACACAUUUCAUUAGGACGAGAUAAAUGAAUAUGAACAUCCCAGGCAUGCAACAGCCAGGACCCAUGGGCAUGAACCAGAUGGUUCAACCAAAUACAGUACCAAUGGGACCAGCUCAGCAUGGAAUGCAUCCACAAGCACAGAUGCAACAACCUCAGCAGCCUCAAGAAAAAGGUGACAGUAUAUCUAAAGUUAAAGGAUUAGUUAGUCAACUCAGAGAUUCUUUAUCAGUUGCUCUGAAGACUGCUGGUCACACUUUGCUCACAAAUAGUUUGAUUGACACAUCAAAAAGCACUGAACCUCCUGACCAACGUUUCAACAAAAGUAUUGAAGAAUUUUAUUCAAUUUGCGAUCAAAUGGAAUUGCAUUUAAGAACAUCAAUCGAGUGUAUUGGUCAGAAUGUGAGUUCUACGAGAUAUAUGCCUAUAGGUGUAACAACUAGGACUGAAAACGUUGGAGUUCAAGAUGCUUUAACUUAUCCUCAAUAUUUAUUGAUUGUUCGUUCACAAGUGCAAUAUGUGAAGUUAAUUUCUGAUAUGUUAACUUCAGUUGCAAAUAAAAUUACCAAUCCUGAUCAACAACAGUAAACUGCUAUCAAAUAAUUCUGUAAAUAAUUAGUUUUACUUGUAAAUGCUGUCUGAUAAAAUGUUUGUGAGAUUUGCUAAGUUAUUUUGUGAAUAAUUGAUUAAUUUUCAAAAACAUAAUUAAAACAUUAAUAUGAUGAUAAAUUCCUCGUAACUUUCUUUUUACUUCAAUAAUCAUAAGUUUUGUAAUAAUCCAUACAUUUUUUGUAAUAAUAAUAUGUAAUUUAUCAAAUAAAACAAUUCAA